UGUGAAUUCAGGAGGCGCGUCGUUUCGCCUUUGGUGCAGUGCUGCCCCUCUCCGCCCGUCGUCGCCUCCACCUCCAUCUUCCACCCCCGCCGCGCGUCCUCUCCCACUCCCACGCCUCGGGACCUCGCACCGCGUUAACCACGCCGCCAGCCGUCACCAAUCCUUCGACCCCAUCGUGGCUUCUGAGAACCAGCGAGCGAGGCACCAUAAAUGUCGACCUUCCUCUCUCCCCCAUCGUCUGCCUCCCUUUUCAUCUCUCCGCUCGGCGGUCCGCUGGUUUCUUUUCGAGUGGAGAGAUCGAGAGAGGCCGACUAUCUAGGGUUCAAGAGGAUCUCUGGCGGCCGUUGUUGGAAGCGUUGCUGUCGGCGAGGAUGGAGCCGCUGCUGGUGUCAUCGAAAUCUUAGGCUACAAUGGUUUGAUAUACUAGAGAUGAGCUAAAGUUUGUUGGCUGACUACCGGUCUUUACUUCUGGCCUGUGACUGCAAGGGAGCUCAUAAACACCAGUAGCGCAAAUCAAUGCAAACUCCACAAUCACUAGCAAUGGAUCAAGCAUAUUCGACUUCAUCCUUAGAGAUCUCUUCAAAAGCUAAAUUUGCUCUUGAGGCUAGUGCUACAGAAGUUGAAAUUUCUGAUACUUUUCGAAACUUGGGAAAGGACAGCCCAAAAAAGCGUAGACGUCUCAUUCUAACUGGUGAUGAUGAAGAUGAAGAAGAAGAAGAGAAGGCUGAAGAUGUCCAGCUGGAAAAUGUCAAUCAUCAACAUCUUAAGUGUAAUGAACCAAUGGUGAAGGAUCGGGUAAACGCUGAAUCUUAUGUGGAAGAGGUUGUACAAUCUGGAGACUUUAAUGACCAAAAUCUCAUAAAUGGUAGGCCAAUGAAGCGAAGGAGAAGAUACAUAAUUGAAAGUGAAGAUGAAGACGAUAUUGAAGGUGCUGAGUCUGCUCUGAACAAUGCUUCAAAGUGGUCUUUAAAUGACAGUGCAAAGAUGGCGUCAAAAACUCCAGUUGCAACAGACCAUUCUGCCCUAUUGGCAGAACAAUAUCAUCUUUUCCAAGGAAAACACUACCUGUGGGGAGUGUUUAGGCAAAGAAAAGAUAUUCUUGACAAUGUUCAUGAUGAAGAGCAAGAUGGUUCAGUGCAAGCGACAGAGAAAAGGCAACAUCAAGAACAUGAUCUUUUGGACCAACAAGAUGAAGCAUUGUAUGACUUACUAGACAAAGAAACUUUUGCUGUGAAGCAUGUUGUGGAUGCUGAGGAUCAACUGCAGGUGGAGGGUGGCCCUAAGGGCACUAAAAGGUCUCUACUUAUGAGGUGCAGUUUUAAAAAUAUUAUCAUGGCAGCUGGAGUUCUGUCAGAUGACGCAAAAGACAAGGUCCGUUCUCUUGGUUUCGGUGAUUUGCUGGAUCUCACUGUAGAGAGCCUUCAAAGCAGAGAAAGAAUCAUAUGGCUGGCAGAAAGAUGCGACGUUAGCUCUGAGGGCGAAAGAUUUGUCAUGAAAAUUAACCCUGGCAAAUCACUGGAGAUCACACCAGAGUUGGUGCAUGAUGAACUUGGCAUCCCUCGAGGUUGUGGGGACAAUAACAAUUUCCUGUUGGGUAUCAAGCUAACUGCUAUAGAAAAAAUGAAUGAGUACAUAAAAUUAUGUAAUGAGCUGAAAGAAGCUGGUUUUGUGGUGGAUUUUCCGAUCAAGGCGAAGAACAAAGAUGGUAAAAAGAAGUCCCAAAGGGAGAAGGUAACAAGGAUCAAACUGGAUACUUUCAUCCAGUACAUGAAGGGAAUUAGGGAUGUUGAUAAGCAAGUCAAAUGUUUCUUGUGUAUUUUGAUGAAUCGGCUUCUGCUGCCCACUACUUCUGAUUACAUUACAGGUGAGAACAUAGCUUUUUGUUCUGACCUGGAAAGUAUGAAAAAGCAGGAUUGGUGCAAGAUCGUUUGUCAACGUCUGAAGGAUGGUAUCUUAGAAUGGAUAAGAAAGAAAGGAAAAGAAAAAGCUUCACAUGCAGUCCCUACGGGUUGCACAGCUGUGCUGCUUAUAUCGUACCUAGACAGUCUUCUCCCGGAGUCUGAACAGGAGAAACCACGCAUCAAACACUACAAUAAAGAGAAACUUGCGAAGAUGCUAGCACAAGCAAAUGAGAAAGAUAAAAUGGAGAAGAGCAAGAAGGAUAAAGAGAAUGAAAAAGAUAAAAUGGAGAAGCACAAGAAGGAUAAAAAAGAGAACUGCAAGCAGAUGUAUGAUUAUCUGAAACACAAGGAGUCAGAGCAGGACAUGGUGGCACAAAUCCCAUCACUGAAACAUUUGCUCACACCAUUUUUGGAGAAUUUGCCGGAUAGUCUCCAAGAUGAGAUAAACACUGCAUUGGAGAAUCAUCAAACUAAGAUAAACAUUGCAGUGGAGAAUCACCAAAUUAAGAUGUUCCAAGAGAUGAGUAUCCUCCAGUCAGAGGCAGUUGCAGAGAUAAAAAAGAUUGUGGUAAACUGUAAUAUGAUGUCUGCGACGUCGGGUUAACUGCAGAGGCAAUGCACGCUUGGCGAGCAGUAACUAUUUUAGAAAGUUUGAUUAGGACUUUGUUUAAAGACACUUUAUAUCUACCCUCUGUAAACCCUGAAAAGGAGUUAUUAUUAUGGGUUAAUAGAUUAAUCUUUCCUCCCUAUUUCUCCUCCCUGUUAUUAGGUUGAAGGCGCAUAAAUGUGGUUUUCUCUGACUUCUCCAUUUACAGAGAAGCUCAAUCUAUAUCAAACAAGAGGCCUGAAAUUGUCAUCGUCUUUCUA